AUGGCACCGGUGCCUUCGGCGGUUCCUGCCUCAAAGGGGUUAGCCGAUAAGGAGCAUGCGAGGGGCUGGGAAAACGCCGAGGAGAGCAGCAUCAACAAAAGGUCUGGGCUUACAACUAACUUGGAUCGAAAACGGAGGUGGGGCCGCACAGAGGACGCGCCAAUGGAGUUGAAAAAGUUCAAACAUGAGGGUGGCGAUGAUGGGGAGGAGGGGGAGGAGGAUGAGGGUGUCGUGCGGCAGCCCGCGUGGGAGGGCGACGCGGAUGUCACGAGCCAGCCAGCUGCUGAAGAUGACGAUGGUGCUAGCCAGUUCGAGGGUGACGGCGCAAUUGUUCCUGACCACCACGAGGGUUCCAACCACCCGGACUCAGGCGACGGCACCUCUGAUGUUGGUCAUAAUGAAAGCAGUACCGAGAACGGCGACGUCUCAGGGGGCCCGCAACAAAUCGACACGACCGAUUCCAACGUCACCAGUUCUCUUUCUAGGCCUGAGAAACAUCCACAGGUUCGCAUUUCGGUCAACUUCACACGCCUUCUGCAGCAGAAGAUUCAGAAGCAAGUGCGCGCCCUCAAAUGGAUCCAGCAAGAACAGGCCAUGAUGCGGGGCACCCUUGUUGCGUUGAGGGAUGAUAUGAAAGCCGAGCUAGACCACCUGCGCACCCUCCCAAAGUAA